CAUCGCCCCGCCCCCUCUGUGUCCAGUCCUCUGCCGCCGCCCGCUUUCGUCUCCGCCGGGUGAAAACCUGGCCUCUCCAGGGACUCCACUGCGUGUUCCCUGCUGGCUUAAGGCCAGGAGGCCCCAUCCUGCAGGCAGAGCCGAUCCUGGGACCGACGGAGGGUCAGCUACCACAGGUCAGGAGUGGGUUGGGGACACAGCGUCGGGUCUUCCUGGAAGGAGGGAGCCGUGGCUGCCUCUCUGUACCUCCCCCAUUCUGGACCCAAAAUCUGCGCGGUUGCGGUGCCAGCAUCUGGGUUGGGAUGCCUGUGGGAAGUCAGGGUAGUGUGGGCGUUUAGGAUGUUGCUGUGUGCGCAUGUGUGCAUAUUUGUGGGCCUCCAGAUGGGUAUGUGUGGAGGAGGGGUUGGUAGAGGCUCCAGUCUCGCAGCAGCUCGAGGUGGAUUGGGCACAAGGCCUGGCUGUCUCUGCAAGCUAGCGUUAGUCACAGGCUUACCCGCCAACCCCGAUCCAGGCAAGGUUCCUUAUGUGGUAAGUGACACAACUGUACAUACACAUCCUUCAUGUUGCAAAGGUGGCCACAGGUUCCAUGCCAGACCCGCUUGUCUAGUGUGCAGCUUUGCUGUCCACAUCCGCCCCUGGCCUUAUGGAGGGAAGUGAGUUUGGAGUGCCGGGGUUGGGCCAGAUGUGGAUGUUGGGGAGUUACAGGACUUUCCCCCAGGUCUCAUCUCCAUCCCUUUUCCAGGCAAACUCCCCUUCUCUGCCCAGUCCAGGGUCUCUUCCCCAGGCCUCAGGAGGUAGGUCCCAGCAGGAUCAGCCCUGUAAAGGCAGAAGGGUCCUGGGACUGUGUGUUCUUCAGAUUUCCAGCCUGCAGGCCCUUUCCAAAUUCCCAGAUAAGAAAGGGCCCGGGUACCUCUGGGCCCACAUGCCCUCUGCGUUUGCUGAAACCAAGGAAGCCUCCCAUCCUGCCCCUGACCAGGAGCUUUGGCCAGCUGGGACCAGUAGUAUCAGCUCCACCCUGUUUGACACCAGAGGAAACUGGUCCAGAUUGGUGAGUGGGAAGAUGGGUAGGUACGCAGCCCUGGAAUGAAUCAGGAUGAUAUGAGGCAGCAGAGGGGGCAGAUUACCCCAAGGGACUCCUGACUUGCAGCCUGAGGAAUUCCCCCUUUGUUCCUACAUACAGCCCCUGCUGGACUCAGAGGUCUCCCAGCUCCUUUUCCUGUGGGCAGCUCGCGACACUCCAAAAACCUUUUCUAAGAAGUGCAGCCACUGGGAGCACUGCUAGCUGGUAGAACCAUGCUGCAGAACUCCAGCCACAGGGAAGCCGUGGUCCAUGUGGAUAAGACCCAGAGGGAGCAGGACAGGGAAGGGGUGUGGGCAGCGGCAGGAGGAGCCCUGGCCCCCAGUACCUCCUCCCCAUUCUCCCCUGAGCCUCCAGGGGCCUCGGGCAGCAUCAUCCCUGUCUACUGUGCCCUCCUGGCCACCGUGGUCCUUGGUCUGAUCGCCUACGUGGUCUUCAAGUGCUGGCGCUCACAUAAACAAAGGCAGCAGCUGGCCAAAGCUCGGACCGCAGAGCUGGGGGCCCUCAGCAGGGACCAGCCGCAUGGGGACAGCAGUGUCUUCCGGGACUCUCCAGCCAGCCUGGAGCCCUGUGCCCCCAGCCAAGGGCCACCUCCUGAACUUGGCUGCCGGCUUUACCUCCAUCUUCCUCGGCAGCAGCAGGAGGAAGUGGAACGGCUCCUGGAGGUGUCGGGUGAACUGGACGACGGCUGGCGGGGUCUGGCGGGCCGUCUGGGCUACCAGGCUGAGGCAGUGGAGACCAUGGCCCGGAGCCCGGGGCCUGCCUCUGCCCUGCUGAGGGACUGGGCUGUCCAGGAAGGCAGUGGCGCCACCCUCAGAGCGCUAGCAGACGCCCUCGCUGCCAUGGGUCGUGAAGAUGUGGUCCGGGUCCUGGGCCCCCCGGCCGAGGGCUGCUCCGUGGUGUAAGUCGUGGCUCCGCAGCCCGGCCUCUCAGGGAACCUGCUCUGGUGCUCCCCACCACCCCCACCUCAUGCACCUUCCCCUUCACGAGCUUCCUGGCAUUGGUGACCUCGGCUUGUUCUGUUUCGGGGGACACACAAGUCCCCUCCCCUCCCCCUGCCUUCCUCCAGGACAGGGGUCAGGAUGUGGGGGGGUGGGGGGAGACAGCCAGACAGGGAGCAGCAGUCCUGCCCCCCUGACCCCCACUCUACCUCCCCAUGCUUAGUCAACUGUUUUUUCUACUUUUGUACCCCACAUUAAAGGCAACUCUGG